AGUUAUACCUACGUUCUCAGCCAUCUUUCUGAUUCACCUUCAUUCGAGAUCGUCAUUUGGUGUGGACAUAUCAUCAGCAUUCGAGCAAUCACUCUGACUUGGCAAGAUACAAGCUAGAAGGCAUACUAUUGAUUCGACUGUUAGCAGAGACGCCAGAUUGCAUCACUCCUCCCGUCUAACACAUCUUUCACAAUGGGUCCUUUGCUGUAUGCAGGUGGACUGGUGUCCACUGGGAUCUCAACUGUGAUCCUUUAUAUGCUUUUGACGGGUACCAUAUAUUCCUUUAACUUGUUCAGAUUCUUAGAGGAAACAAGUCCUUAUGCAUGGGCUUUGCUUGGUAUAGGAAUGUGUAUCGGAUUAAGUGUGAUCGGAGCGGGAUGGGGAAUCUUUAUCACUGGUGCAUCUAUAUUGGGAGCAGGUGUUCGUGCACCACGUAUCACAACCAAGAAUUUGAUCAGUAUCAUCUUCUGUGAAGUUGUUGCAAUUUAUGGGGUGAUUAUGGCAAUCGUCUUUUCAGCGAACAUCAGUGGCAAUUUGGAAGGAGGCCCAGAUGGACUAUGGAAGCCAGACAACUACUAUACAGGUUUCUGUCUCUUUUGGGCAGGAUUAACGGUCGGACUAUGCAAUCUAUGUUGCGGUGUUGCUGUCGGAAUUACUGGUGCUAAUGCAGCUGUUGCAGAUGCGGCAGAUUCACAACUGUUUGUCAAGAUUUUAGUCGUGGAAGUGUUUAGCAGUAUUUUGGGACUGUUUGGACUGAUCGUCGGUCUAAUCAUGACUGGAAGCGUGACAGAAUUCAAGUGAUUCACUGUUGAAUAAGGACCAUUUUAGCAACCUGCUGCAGACUUUCCACUGGAUCGAUCAAUAUAUACAACUGUAAAUACUCAAUGCAAUGUUUCACCUACACAUAUUAUGAUGAGAGA